GAAGAAGAAGAAGAAGAAGAAGAAGAGGAAGAAGAAAAAAAAACAGCUCUUCCUCUCGCGAUAGUAGCUUGCAUAUGCAGCCGCCAUAUUCUGUGACAGUAUUUUGAUUCGUAUCUGCUGGAAGUGAGGAAAAAGAGAAAAGUGAAGGGCUGUCGAGGGGAGGGGGGGCUGAAGAAGAGGAGCUGUCAAAAAGUUGUUCCCGAGUCUCUGUCAGACGCCGGAGAGCUGAGGCUCAGUAUCCCUCCCCUAAACGCUAUUUCGAGGACACUCAAGGCCCGGGGCCUCGGUGCAGUUGGCUCUUCGUCUCCCUGUUAGUAGCUGGACUCCUCUCGGCUUAUCCUCUCCCAGCUCCGCGGCCCUGCGGAGGUCCGGCGGCGGUCUCGGGUGUAGAAGGCGGCCCAGGGAGCGGCAGCGGCGGCGGAGACGCAAAGAAGAUGUUCAAGAUGAAGGCGGUUUGCUGCCACGACUGACGCCCCAGCGCGCUGAACAGAACGAGCACUCCUGACCUGGCAACAUACGAAUGGCCCAGGGAAGCCACCAGAUUGACAUUCAGGUUUUGCAUGACCUGUGCCACAAGUUCCCUGAAGUCCCAGAGGGUGUUGUCUCCCAGUGUGUUCUGCAGAACAACAACAAUUUAGACGCCUGCUGUGAAUACUUGUCCCAGAUCAGUCCGGGCUACCUUUACAGCGAGGAAGGAAACCUUGGCUUCUCGGAAGACCCCGGUUUCAUCAGGCUUCGCAAUCACAUGACCCAGCUGAACCUGGGCUUGCAGUCUCAGAAUGUGCACGUUGCCCCGGUUCGGGACGACCUGAGAAUGAACGGCAGUCGAACUCUGGCCCACAGCCUGAGCGACGGGCCCCUCCAGAAAGGCCAGGCCCCCAACAGUGACUUCUUUCAGCAGGAGCCCCAGUCAGCCCCAGUGCAGGUGCCCUCCAGCAUCAAUGUGUUCGGUGGGAUGGAGCCCACACGAAAACCGCAGCCCCCGCAGCACCUCGGACUCUACCCUCUGGGUGUCAAAGGAUCAACUAUGGGUGUCCAGCAGGCACCGCGCUUCAACCCCAUCACCGUGACGCUAGCACCCCACAUCCAGCAGGGCCGCAACACACCCACUUCUUUGCACAUACACGGCGGUCCACAGCCGGGCCUUGGCAGCCCACAGGGUAACUCUAUCUACAUCAGGCCCUAUGUCAGCCAGUCUGGUACGAGCCGGCAGAACCAGCAGCAGGGAGGCAGGGCCCAGUACAGCCCCACUUCCCAACCCCAGCAGCAGAUCUACCAGAUCUCACACCCCUCUUCCUUGUCCGGCUCGUGGUCCGGCCCUCAGCACGCCGCCUCCUCACAUACCUCACAGCACCAGACCUUGGGCCACCAGACCUCGCACGUCUACAUGCCGAUUAGCUCCCCCACGAAUCCCCAGGCGCCCUCCAUCCUCCCCACUGGAAGCCAGACCUCCUCCUCCGGCGUCUCCUCAUGCUCCUCUUCCUCCUCCUCCUCUUCUGUCAUGCCCACCUCUCUGUCCACCAUCAGCCAGUACAACAUCCAGAACAUCUCCACUGGCCCGCGGAAGAAUCAGAUAGAGAUCAAACUUGAAUCUCCUCAGAGGAGCAACUCUACAACCACGACCGCCGUGCUGCGGACAAGCAGCGGGCCCCGGUCCUCCUCAACGUCCUCCUCCUGCCCUUCUUCUUCUUCCUCCUGUUCAACCGGGGUGGCCACUGUCCCCACCACCCCUCUCUCCAUCGGAGGCCCAGGUCUGAGCCGCAGCCAGCCCACUGUUUACAUCUCUGCCAGCCCGCCUACUGCUGCUACCGCUCCCUCUGACGAGGCCGUCGUGGCCUCAACCGGCUCUCGCUCUCAACCCAAGUUUUACAUUUCUGCCAAUGCCUCCAGCGACGACAGUGGGGGUAGGAACCCUCCCACAGUCUACAUCUCAGCCAACCCUCCCUUGCAAGGGCCCUCGGGUGCCAGAAACAUGGGGGGCCAAGUGAGCAUGGGCCCCGCGUACAUCCACCACCAUCCACCGAAGUCCCGUGCCUCUUUAGGAGCGGGAGGCACGGCUUCGUCCCCGCGCGUGGUGGUGACACAGCCCAACACCAAAUACACUUUUAAAAUCACAGUGUCCCCCAAUAAACCCCCGGCGGUGUCCCCCGGAGUCGUGUCCCCUACGUUUGAGCCCAACAACCUCCUCAGCCUCCCCUCAGACCACCACUUUGUGGAGCCCGACCCCCUCCAUCUCUCAGACCCGCUGUCGCCACACAGGGAGAGGCCGAGCGAGCCGCGCAGACUCAGCAUGGGCUCUGAUGAUGCAGCGUACACACAAGCGUUGUUGGUACAUCAGAAGGCCCGGAUGGAGAGGCUGUGGCACGAGCUGGAGCUGAAGAAGAAGAAGCUGGAGAAGCUAAAAGAGGAGGUCAACGAGAUGGAGAACGACCUGACCAGGAGACGGCUGGAGAGAUCCAACUCGGCCUCCCAAAUUCCUUCUAUUGAGGAAAUGAAGCAGUUGCGAUGCAAAAACAGGUCCCUGCAGAUCGACAUUGACUGCCUCACAAAAGAAAUUGAUCUCCUUCAAACCAGAGGACCACACUUUAAUCUUAGUGCAAUCCAUAAUUUUUAUGACAACAUGGGAUUCCUUGGUCCUGUCCCACCAAAACCCAAAGGUACUUUAUCUAUUGACGGGAGAGGAUGUAGAUAUAAUGUGACCUCUGAGCUCCUGAUGGAGCCCUCCUCUGGUCCUUCCCCUCCUUCCCCACUUGACCCGGGCAGUAAGAUUGUGAAGCCCAUCGCAGACCAGGAGGAGGACGAGGGGAUGCAGUGGAACUGCACCGCCUGCACCUUCCUCAAUCACCCCGCCCUCAACCGCUGUGAACAGUGUGAUUAUCCGCGGCACUUCUGAGCCAACGAGGCUGCGCCACGCCGCCGCUGCCCGCCAGUCCAGAGUAGAAAGAAAAAAAGGGCCUCUCUGUUUCUUCUGUUUCGCUAGUUGUAUGAAAACCCCAGGGCGGAGGGGUGGGUGUGCGUCGUCGUCACCGAGCAUCAGUCGUCCCGUUUGGUUUCUUUCUCCCCUCCUCUCUAAGAUGUGUUAGAAUGCUGUCGACUGAAGGCUUGGCUGGACGAUGCACGUGUUUUUCCACAAAGGCUGGCGUAGUCGGACGAUGCCUCCCUCACCUUAGAGACUCGGAUGCCACGGGGUCGAGUCUGCUCGACGGGCGACACUUUCCUCCUGGGGAUACCUCGCUGCUGCCACUUACAGUAUUACGAGUGUGGCCCUGCAGUGUGACGGCACACACACACACGCGCAACAUGCAACACACACACACACACACACAGACACACACACACACACAGGUGCAAAUGUGCCUUUUGCUGAUUACAUAUUUUGUUGUUGUUUUUCUUCCUCUGCGGUGGCAUGAGCGGGGAAUUGGGAACUGUGUUCAGCCACUGCUCUCCACCUGAAGGGAAAAACUAACAGACUAAUCGUGGAACUUUUUUAAGUUUGUUUGCUGUUUCUAGAGGAUGUCAAAAGGGGGAACCAGCAGUGUCGCUGCCACUCAAACGAGCCUCUUGUACCCCCCGCCCCCCCGCUUCAGUAUCCCCUUUUCUGUCUCCUCAGCCAUGAGUUAAUGAAAAAUAAACUAAGUUGCAUGCUUUGUGUACAGUACACGGAGGCACAAACUCCCCUCGAGCUUUUUACUGUACAUAAUGUUAGAAUGUGCCUUGAAAGCCUUCUUCCUCACACUAUGAAUCACUUGUAUUUCCUGUAAGUAUAGCUUUAUAGACUUUAUUAACUUUUUUUUUUUGUCUUGUUUUGUUUCCCUCUUUUAAACAAAUAAGCACCGUGCUCCCCUUUUUCUUUCUUUUUUUAAGCUUUUUGACUUGAUUUCUGUGAGAGUUGAAGCCUUGCAGAAGGAGAGGAGCAAAGCAGUUAAACCCCCUCGCGGUCAUCAUGAAGCUACGUCUGACCCGGUCGCUCACUGCUUGUGUAAUUGCUGAGCUGCCUGUGUACGAUCUGCAGAUGCAGCAAAAAGGAAGAUGAUGGAGUCUUUUUUUUCUUCUUCUUUUUUUCAGGACGUCAAAUAUGUUGGGACUGUCGGAGGGGGGCGGGAGGGAAGGGGGUCAUAAUGCAAAAUUACAAACUGCCUUCUUAUCUGACAACUGGAAUGUAGGUUUAAUGUUUCGGGGACAACUUCACCUCAGUGCAAAGAGACACUCAUUUUCCAGAACAAUCAGGGUGUUACUGCAGAUCCAUGGAAUGUCGGAUGGAGCUAAAGGUCUCCAUGUCGCUGUGCACCUGAAUCGGGGUUUUUUUCUUCUGGAGCACAAAGUGAACAUGUUUCGGUUUAAAGUGGACCUAUGAUGUGGAGAUAUUCAUAUGGGUCCCAUUGCCUUUAUAUACAACCGGUCACAAUAGUUACAACAUCAUGGAAGCUGUCCACUUUGUAUACUCUUAUUUGUAUUUGGCUCAUUUCAUCCUCCUAAGCUUUUAUUGAUGAGGGUGUUUCUAAAGUUUACUUAUUGUCAUUACCUUACUUUAACUGUGGAGUAGUUACUGUUUUUUUCUUUUUUUUCUUUCCACACUUGUGAAAAACGUUGCCUUGCGUCAGUGCCUUAGAACUAUCGAAUUUGUAUUGAUUAUCUAUUCUGUCACAUCCGAGUGCCAUUUUUAAAACCGAAAUUUUAGUAUUGUUUAAACCCAUUUAAAAGUAGAAGAUGGAUUAUUGUCUCUUAAGCACUUACGUCAUAGUUUUUUCCUCUUUUUUGUUUUUCCAAUCCAAAGAAACCAGUUUUCAGCUUUAUCUGCACCUUGGUGUGAAGAGGCAGUUUAUUCAUGUUUUAUUAAGUCGAAAAAAAUAAUUUGGAUAUCUAAAGUGUUUCUUUGAUUUUAGCUGGGAAAACUGUCUUUGUAACAGAUAAGUUAUUUGUAAAAAUAAUUAAAAAAAUCUAUUCUGA